AUGGAUGUAGUUCGAGAAGAACAAGCUGCCUUCAAAGAGGAGAUGGACUCUAUCAAAAGCAAGAUUGAGCAGAUCUUUGAGGCUAUACAAGCUCUGGCUAGAAGGGAAGAAGAGGCUCGUGUUGCCGCUGCUGCAAGGAACGAUGCUCUAGUUCAAGGGGUCGCUCUUCAGUCAGGACCUUCAGUUCCUAUUCCAAAUCCCGUUAUCUACAGUCUUCUUCCAGGUUUUGUUCCACCGACUGAAAUAACUCAUGUGCCUCCACCUGUGCAUACUUCUGGAGUAGCUGAUGGAGUCGCUGCACAAGGACCUACGAUAGUCAAUCAAGUGGUCAUUCCCCGCACUAAUGAGGAGCUCCAGGACGAGUUUGAAAUGCAGAAUUACAAUGGAGCUACUCUAGUGGUCAUCCCUACUGCUGCCAAAGAUUCUGAGGCUAUCUUGAUGUGCCGUGAUCUGGCCGAAAAGCUAAGAAUCUUGGAAGGACAUAACUCAACCCGAUUAAGGGCCUUGGAGAUGUGUCUGGUCCCAGACGUGGACAGUCUAACUGGGGCAUCUUUAGAUUGGUACAUGCAGUUGGAGUGUAGCAACAUCCACACGUGGGUUGAGUUGGCUGAAGCAUUUGCAAAGCAAUACAAAUAUAAUACUGACAUGGCACCAAACCGUACUCAGCUUCAGAGUAUGGCCCAGAAAGACAGUGAGUCUUUCAAAGAAUAUGCGCAACGCUGGAGAGAAUUGGCUGCAAGGGUGCACCCACCAUUGGUUGAUCGUGAAUUGAUUGACAUUUUCAUGGGUACCUUGCAGGGCCAAUAUUAUGAAAGAUUGAUCAGUAGUGUGUCCACAGGAUUUUCUGACAUGGUGAUCAUGGGAGAAAGAGUAGAAGAAGGACUGAAAAAUGGUAAAAUCCAGGGAGGUUCUAGCAGUCUACCAAUCUUGAAGAAGCCUUUCAACGGAUUCAAGAGGAAGGAGGGUGAGACUAGUGCCAUUUCUUCUCAUAGGGGGAGGCCACCAUACAAGGCUCCUGCUUCUGUGCCUUAUUAUCAGUACCCUUAUGUAGCGGCUGCUCAAUAUCUAACCAUGCCUUACCGUCCAAUUGCUCCUGUUCCUAUUCCAGCUCCAGUACCUCACUAUCAUGUUCCAGUUCCUCAAUAUCAAGCUCCACAACCUCAGUUCCAGGCUCCUCCACCUCAACAUCAACAGAGAAAUCAACAGAAUAAUCAACCACGUCCAGUUCAGCAGCAACGACCAAAUCAACAGAGGCCAUAUCAACGAUACAAUAAUGUGAAUACCACUCCCAUCCCAAUGACUUACACUCAAUUGCUACCGUAUCUGAUUCAGAAUGGGACUGUUGUGCCAAGGGCAUUACCUCCAAUGCCGAAGCCGCAUAAGCCUUGGUAUAUUGAGAAUGCUAGAUGUUCCUUUCAUGCUAAUUCAGAGGGUCAUACAACAGAGAAUUGCAAGGUGUUCAAGCUUCGGGUCCAAGAGUUGAUAGACCAGAAAAUAUUAUCUUUUGCUGAUGUUCCAAAUGUGGGGAACAAUCCUUUGCCUAAACAUGAUAGUUCAGGUGUCAAUGCUAUAGAAAGUUCAACUGAUGAUGGAUUGAUAAAGGAUGUGUUCAAGUUGAAGACUCUUUUAACAGUGGUCCGUGCUAGAUUGAUGGAAGCAGAAUUGAUGAAUGGAGUACAUGAUAAUUGUGCGCGGGUUAUUCAGUUCACUAGAGCAAAGAUUGAUGAGGACGUUGCUGUGAUUGUGCCUGUUACCAAAGCAGUUCCUUGGAACUAUGAGCCUGUAUUUUAUGUGGGUAACGAACCAGUAAUCUUAAAAGAACCAAAUGUGACUAACAUUGCUGGAGUUAGUGGUGUGACUCGAAGUGGGAGGGUUUUCUCUCCUGAAGUGAUCCCAAACAAAGAAAGUGCACCAACAAUUGAACCAACAAAGGGGAAAGAGGCGAAUCCUCCAGAAGAAGGAGAAGGCUCAUUUAAGAAAGCAGUGACUGCUGAAGAGGAUAGAGAAUUAUUGAAGAUCAUCAAGAAGAGUGAUUACAAGGUCAUAGAUUAG